AUGAUGAAAUCUUCAUGGCAAGGAGAUCUUCCCCGGCGGCUUUGGGGGAAGCUUGGGGAAGCAGCUAUCUUUGCCCUGGCCUUUGCUAGAUCUCCUCAACUAUAUAUUGAUCAUGGCUGGACAAAGUACCGCGCAUAUCUAUUUUCAGUCAUUUUCAUCUCUCUCGGGUUGUCGAAAGUCUUCCAUAUUCUCGUCCAUCUCACAUCGUUGACGAUUCCAGCCCUUUUCGGCUGGGGUCCCACUUUCUUUUUCGCCGAUAUCAUUCUCAUUCUGCUCGCGCGCAGUUUGGCGCGAUCGUACCGAUGGCGAACUACUCGAGACAUAGCGGCGGUGACCAUGGUAUUGUUGACUCUAUAUGCCUCAUCGAUGGUAUCUGCCAACAUCUCUUAUUAUGUGAAUAUAGGCAUGGAAAUCCAUUGGCGGAAAUCAAGUGGCUUCCACAAGAAAAGCCCCUCUUUCCUGCUUGUUAUCUCCGCCUUGGCUGUCGCUAUUCUCGUUGACGCAGGCGUUUUUGUCGCGGCGCACUUUGCCACGCCAUAUUUAUCCCGCGCUACCGCAGCUUUCUUGCAGCUCUGGGGUUCAUUGUUGUCUGCGGCCUUUGGUUGCUUCCGCCGAAAAAAGCACGACCUCCCAGAUCCAGAGACAUACGAGGAAAUUGCAAUCGAUGACUUUGAUGUCGGUGAUGACAGCGACUCCGUAGAACUUCUGGACACACUCCACCCCCCGCCCCAACAGAAAAGUCGCUCGCUCGCGAAGCGGGUCGUCGUUAUAGUGUGCACUAUAACAUUAGUCUUCCUCCGUUGCAUUCGCCCGAGCGAUAUGGUUUACAGCUAUAUUGCCACGUCGCUACCUCUUGCGCCGUUCGCUGGACUCUUUUUUAGGUCCGCCCAGGGGAGUGUGUCCUCGUUACCUGGUGACUUCAGCUGGCUAGAAGGCCGCACCGCUUUGCACACAUUCCCGACAUUCGAAUGGUUACGUGCGAACGGCUCGUCUGAAGCCUUGCCCGAUUGGUCUCCCUUCCAGAUGAACCACUUAAAUCAAACUGCGCUCAAGGACCACCUAUAUGAGCACUAUAACCCGGCCAAAGAUCCUUUACACAUCCCAAAUCUCCAAAAUAACAUUUUGGACUCCAUACGUGAUGUUCUCCAUAGCGGCGAUUUGAAGAUUAAACAUGUUAUUCUCAUCAAGUUAGAGAGCAAUCGACAAGAUGUGUUCCCUUUCCGCUCUGACUCUUAUAUAAUGAAGCACGUCAAAGACUCUCAUGACGGUCAAAUUCCAGAGGAGAUUCUGGAUAGACUGUCGAACCUGACGCGGACAGCCGAAAUGUUGUCUGGAUUUGAGACCGGGUUCAAAGAGGACACAGAUCGACCGAAGCCCUAUGGUAGUAUCAGCGCCAAAAAUGCUUAUACAUCUGGUACCUACACGAUGAAGAGUAUUACAGGCACUAUGUGCGGCGUGAACCCCAUUGCUGUCCAAAACAACCUCGAGUACUUGCAUGAUAUUUACCAGCCUUGCUUACCCCACAUAUUCGAAGCAUUGAACCACCAACCAAACAUCACCAACCAAACAGAUGAUUGGACGUCCUGGCCAUGGCACCCUAUGUGGAUGCAGUCUCACUACGGCACCUAUGACCACCAGACAGAGCUUAAUCCUGCCAUGGGAUUCAAAGAUAUCACGAACAAGGAAACAAUCAACGAAGGCGGUGCUAUAUACAUCCCAGAAGAGCCAGAAGAGGAGCAGAAAUAUGGCCACCCGGAUCAUACAUUGAAGAACUAUAUCCGGGAUGCCUUUGAGUCUGCCAAGAACACUAACACUCGCCUAUUUCUCGCGCAUCUUACUCACAAUACCCAUACUCCGUGGUUCAAACCUGGUGAAUAUGAGGAUUUCCUUGGGAAUACAUUCGGGUGGAACGAGAAAAUCAACCGGUACCUAAACACUAUCGCCUAUCAGGACGCGUGGCUAGCCGACAUCCUUGAGAUAAUCAACGAAGCCGGAGUUGCCGAUGAGACUUUGCUUGUUAUGGCAGGGGACCAUGGCCUCUCCCUUCCAAAUGACGGCGGUAUCACGGCCAACCACGACCCCCACGUUGCCAGUUUCCACGUUCCCCUACUACUGGCCCACCCCAAGCUGCCACAGGUUGAAAUAAGCGACGCCGUUCUUUCAACUCAAAUGCUCCCCUCAAUCCUUGAUCUUCUCAUCGAAACCUCUUCUGUCAACGAAGGUUCGAUGAAGGUCCUCAAGGACCUGCUCCCCUUGUACCAGGGCCAGUCGCUGCUGCGCCCGCUCAUUCCCGAGCAAGACAAAAAGCAAGAAUGGCAUGUCUCCACAAUGAACCCUGGAGGAACGUGGAUCUCCCUGCGAGCCGCCGCGAAGCCUUACCGUCUAGUCGUGCCGCUCAUCUCCGAUGCUCCGUGGCGAUUCACGAAUGUUGUCAACGAUCCACUUGAGUUUGAACCGGAUGAAGACACAGAUAUCACAUCUCUUUUCGAUGCUGUGCAGACACGCCACGGUUCCGAGGCUGCAAGGUGGCUGAGCGAGGCAGCCCAUGUCUCCCAGUGGUGGAUUGCAGAGAACCACCGGCGCUGGAAAUACAGCCCCGAGGACUCGAAUUAA